AUGGCGCCACCACAAGAAGUGAUUCAGAAACAGAGCAACGAAAAAAGUGACGUCAUUUUCCGAUCAAAGCUACCGGACAUAUACAUACCGAACCACCUCUCUCUCCACGACUACAUCUUCGAAAACAUCUCCGAGUACGGUUCCAAACCAUGUUUAAUCAACGGUCCAACCGGACACGUGUACACUUACUCCGACGUACACGUCACUUCCCGUCGAAUCGCCUCCGGUUUUCGAAAACUCGGUGUUAACCGAAACGACGUCGUUAUGAUCCUCCUUCCGAAUUGCCCUGAAUUCGUACUCUCUUUCCUCGCCGCGUCUUUCCUCGGCGUAACCGCGACCUCCGCGAAUCCUUUUUACACUCCGGCGGAGAUCGCGAAACAAGCGAAAGCCUCGAAUUCGAAGCUCAUCAUUACCGAAGCUCGGUACGUCGAGAAAAUCAAAGAUCUUGGCGUUCCGAUCGUUUGCACCGAUGACGGAGAAUCCGUUCCGAUACCGGAAGGUUGUCUCCGAUUCACUGAGUUGACUCAGUCAACAGAAAUUGACACGGUGGAGAUUUCGCCGGACGAUGUGGUGGCUCUUCCUUACUCCUCCGGCACGACCGGCCUACCUAAAGGAGUGAUGCUAACUCACAAGGGACUAGUCACAAGCGUUGCUCAACAAGUCGACGGCGAAAAUCCGAAUCUGUAUUUCCACAGUGAUGAUGUGAUCCUCUGUGUUUUGCCGAUGUUUCAUAUCUAUGCUUUGAACUCGAUCAUGUUAUGUGGACUUAGAGUUGGUGCUGCGAUUUUGAUAAUGCCGAAAUUCGAGAUACAUUUGCUUUUGGAGUUGAUUCAAAGAUGUAAAAUCACGGUGGCUCCGAUUGUUCCUCCGAUUGCUUUGGCGAUUGCGAAGUCGCCGGAGACGGAGAAGUAUGAUUUGAGCUCGAUUAGAGUGAUGAAAUGUGGUGCUGCUCCUCUUGGUAAGGAGCUUGAAGAUGCCGUUAGUGCCAAGAUUCCUAACGCCAAACUCGGUCAGGGAUACGGAAUGACUGAAGCAGGUCCAGUACUAGCAAUGUCACUAGGAUUCGCAAAAGAACCAUUUCCGGUGAAAUCAGGAGCUUGUGGUACGGUUGUUAGAAACGCCGAGAUGAAAAUACUCGAUCCAGACACCGGUGAUUCUCUUUCGAGGAAUCAACCAGGCGAGAUUUGUAUCCGUGGUCACCAAAUCAUGAAAGGUUACCUCAACAAUCCAGAAGCAACCGCAGAAACAAUCGAUAAAGACGGUUGGCUACAUACCGGAGAUAUUGGAUUGAUCGACGACGAUGACGAGCUUUUCAUCGUUGAUCGAUUGAAAGAACUUAUCAAAUAUAAAGGUUUUCAGGUUGCUCCAGCUGAGCUAGAAGCUCUUCUCAUUGGUCAUCAAGAUAUCACCGAUGUAGCCGUGGUCGGAAUGAAAGAUGAAGCUGCUGGUGAAGUUCCUGUUGCGUUUGUUGUGAAAUCGAAGGAUUCGGAGUUAUCAGAAGAUGAAGUGAAACAAUUCGUGUCGAAACAGGUUGUGUUUUACAAGAGAAUCAACAAAGUGUUCUUCGUUGGUUCAAUUCCUAAAGCUCCAUCAGGAAAGAUAUUGAGGAAAGAUCUGAGGGCAAAACUAGCAAAUGGAUUUUGA